CCUGUGCAAGCCUUCCAGUGGACACACCAGGGGACCACUGGCACGGCACUGGCACUAGCCACAUCACUGGGCACCUCACCAUCUGGCAUUAAUCUGCAGCGACAUGAACAAAAUGAAGAACUUCAAGCGGCGCUUUUCCCUGUCUGUGCCCAGAACAGAGACCAUCGAGGAGAAUGAGUUCACAGAGCAGAUCAACCAGCUCAACAUCCGACACAGUGAAGAUCUGGCGCCCAACAGCCUGGGUCUGCCGUCACUGCAUCCGGAGCCGGAGCCUGGGCAAGAGGCAGCGGAGGACGAAGGUCACUCUCCCACCCACCAGUACUACCGUAGCAAACACCAACUCCGACGCUUCUCCAUGGAGGACAUGACGAAGCGGAUGUCUCUGCCUAUGGACAUCCGCCUGCCGCCGGAGUUCCUGAGGAAGCUACAGCAACAAGCGGAGAGCCCAGAGCCCUGCAAACCACUCAGCCGCAUGUCCAGACGGGCCUCGCUGUCGGACAUUGGUUUUGGAAAGCUUGAGACCUACGUAAAAUUGGGAAAACUGGGCGAGGGCACAUACGCUACAGUAUUCAAGGGACGCAGUAAACUCACAGAGAACCUUGUGGCUCUGAAAGAGAUCCGUCUGGAGCACGACGAGGGAGCGCCUUGCACAGCCAUACGGGAAGUUUCCCUACUGAAGAACCUGAAGCACGCCAACAUCGUCACACUGCACGACAUAAUUCAUACAGAGCGCUGUCUCACUCUCGUCUUUGAGUACCUGGAUAGUGACUUGAAGCAGUACCUUGACAACUGUGGGAGUCUCAUGAGCAUGCACAAUGUGAAGAUUUUUAUGUACCAACUGCUCAGAGGCCUGUCCUACUGCCAUAAGAGGAAAAUAUUACACAGAGACCUCAAGCCCCAGAACCUGCUAAUUAAUGACAAGGGAGAGCUGAAACUUGCUGACUUCGGCUUGGCCAGGGCCAAAUCCGUCCCCACUAAGACCUACUCCAAUGAAGUGGUGACGCUCUGGUACCGACCACCUGAUGUCCUGCUGGGCUCUACAGAGUACUCCACACCCAUUGAUAUGUGGGGGGUGGGCUGUAUCCUGUUUGAGAUAGCCACGGGGCGGCCGAUGUUCCCAGGCUCAACGGUGAAGGAAGAGCUGCAUCUUAUUUUCCGACUAUUAGGAACCCCAACAGAGGACACCUGGGUGGGUAUCACUUCAACCGAGGAGUUCCGGUCCUACCUCUUCCCUCAGUACAAGCCGCAGCCGCUGAUCAAUCACGUCCCCAGACUCGACACAGACGGAAUUGACCUCCUCGCUGCAACGCUUUUGUAUGAGUCACGGAACCGCAUCUCUGCUGAGAUCUCCCUAAGGCAUCCGUACUUCAAGUCCCUGGGGGAGAACAUCCUGACGUUACCAGACACAUCUUCUAUCUUCUCCCUUGAGGAGGUGCAGUUACAGAAGGACCCGGGGCACCGGACCUCUGUGUUCCCACAAACAGGUCGAGGCAAGAACCGCAGGCAGAGCAUAUUUUGAAGCACUGGAGGCCUUGAAGAAAUGCCAAUUUGUUUUGACAUCCUUAUGAACUUUACUAAGUGGAAGAAGAGGAACCGUGCUGGGAAGAGCAGAUAUUUCUGCAUUACUUUGCUGUCCUCUAUACUGUAGAUGGAGGAACAACAAAUAUGUGACGGCAAGAUUAAAAACAAACAAAAAAUGUUGUACAACACCUCUGGACAGAAGUUGAAAAGUGGAGUUAUUAAGGUUGUACACACAUAAUAAGUAACUUAAUGUUUAUGUUUUUUGUUUCUUUUGCCUUGGAUCCUUCAAACCUGGUUUUGAACCUAAUGCCAUUCAACACCAUUCCCUUUGCUCACAUCUCUGAAUAAAUCAUCUGGAUAAAUCAUCUGUUCUCUUGGCUGUGCCCUGAGUAUGACACCGGUGAAAUCACAAGUGUUACAGUUUUGAUGGAUAGUUCAGUACACGUGAAUAGCAUUUUGUAUAUUCACAUUCAGGCUCACAGUGAUGGUAGAAAAAAAAUCACCAAUGUCUGAAUGUGAGGACCUAAAGAAGCAUGUUUUUGUUGCCGUAGUUUCAUAAGAACUCAUAAUAAUAUGGAAUAUAUAUUCUGUCAACUUGUUUGUGAAAGUAUUACUAUAAUUUGCCUAUGCUGACAGAGCAGUAUUUCCAGAUAAAGUUUUGUUAUAUCUUUUACACUGCACUCCGUGAAGUUUGUUUUAAGUUUUUUUUUUUUUUAAAGAUUUGUUUUUGGUCAAAAAUAAUGGAGAGCCAUCUCUUUUAAACUGACAAGAGUACUUAGACGAAGUUGAGCAUUUAGUAGCUUCCUGACGUAACUUGCACAUCAAGGGCAGUGGGACAUGCAUGCGGGCCUAUUCCUCAGACACAUCUUUUCCACAUUUGUAGCUGCAGUCCCAGUGUUCCUUAGUAGGCCAUAAUAACAUUUAGUGACUUGAAAACCCAGACAUCACAGAUGUCAUCUCAGUAUGUGUUGGAAAUGUGAGACUGAUUCAUGUGCUGACUACAAACCUCCACUAGGGGGCAAAAGUAUGACUGUCAAGGGGAGGAGAGAGAGAGAGAGAGAGAGAGAGAGAGAGAGAGAGAGAGAGAGAGAGAGAGAGAGAGAGAGAGAGAGAGAGAGAGAGAGAGAGAGAGAGAGAGAGAGAGAGAGAGAGAGAGAGAGAGAAUAAAAAUAAUAUGGAUUAUUUGUAAAUUUUAUUUAAAGAUAUUCUAUUCUAUACUUCAGCUAUUUUAGCAUCACUGGCACAGAAAUACUGCUGUAUUGGUUUUGUUGUGGUAAAUGAAAUAUUUUAAAGUACUUUCUCAGAAGAAAUUAAUAUAUAUAAAUAUAUGUAUUUUAACAGAAUUUUAUUCUCAGUGAAAUUUAUGCCAGAGAAAAGAAAAGACUGUAUUAAAUGACACUAGAUGAUGUCUUAUAUAAUUGGCCUAUACUUAGACUAUUUUGUAUAGAAAUGUGUUGUUUAAUAUAUUGUGUGAUUUGUCUACAUGAUGAUACUGAAGAUGAAUGUAUUGUGACUGCUGAAAAGCCCAAAGUGAUUAAAUAACAAAUAAAUAAAAGAAAGUUUAUUGCAUA